GGCGGGUGUGGCAGCGCAGGGGCCGGCAACGCAGGGACCCGGAGCGCGCGUACCCUGUGUCGCGAGCGCGCGAGAGAACGCGGGUCCCCAGAGCCCCGGCUCGGUGUCCUCUUCACCGCGCUUGCCCGGCGUGCGUGGCCCCGAGCCGGACAUGGAGCCGCAGCAGAGGUCCCCGUUGUUGGAAGUGAAGGGGAACAUAGAGCUGAAGAGACCCCUGGCCAAGGCUGCUUCCCGGCUGCCUCUCUCGGGACGCAGGCUGAAGAGGGGGCCCGACCAGAUGGAGGAGGCCUUGGAGCCGGAGAAGAAAAGAACACGAGGCCUGGGCACCAGAGUGACCACGACCCACCCCAGAGCAGCAGCCCUCAGCUCCGGGCCGCAGGCACAAGGCCAGACCGCAGUGCCCAAAGCUCCCAGGAAGCCAGCACCCCGAUGUUCCACGGCUGUUGCCCCAGUGCUGAAGACUCAGAAGCCAGGUCCUGUUGUUCCCGUCCAGAAGCCUGGAACGACAGCCGCGCCUCCCAUGGUGGGAGGGAAGAAACCCAAACGUCCGGCCUGGGACUUAAAGGGGCAGUUAUGUGACCUCAACGCAGAGCUGAAAUGCUACCGUGAGAGGAAGCAGGUGCUGGACCAGGAGAACCAACAGCUGCGGGGCCAGCUCCAGGAGGCCCAGCAACAGGCCUUGGCCCUGGGGGCAGAGCGCAAGACCCUGGAAGAGGAGUUGACCAGGGUGCGGGCCCAGGCUGAGCAGGGCCAGCGGGAGCUGGGGAACCUGAGUGCCCGCGUCCUGGAGCUGGAAGAGCGGCUGGGCACGCAGGAGGGCUUAGUGCAAGAGCUCCAGAAGGAACAGCUGAGAUUGCAGGAGGAGCGCAGGGGACUGGCUGCCCGGCUGGGAGAGCAGGAGCGGAGGCUGCAGACCUCAGAAGCUUCUCUGUCGGACAGCCAGGAAGAGGUGGCAUCUCUGCGCCAGGAGGCUGCAGCCCGGGAGGCUGUACUGGCUGAGCGGGAAGACCGUCUCCACGGGCUCGAGAUGGAGCGCCGGCGGUUACACAACCAGCUGCAGGAACUCAAAGGCAACAUCCGUGUGUUCUGCCGGGUCCGCCCCGUCCUUCCAGGGGAGUCCACCCCAUCCCCUGGCUUCCUUCAGUUUCCCUCUGGCCCCUGUGGACCCUCUGACCCUCCAACCCGCCUCAGCCUCUCGCGGUCUGACGAGCGGCGUGGGACCCUGAGUGGGGCGCCAGCUGGCCCUACCCGCCAUGACUUCUCCUUUGACCGGGUGUUCCCACCAGGGAGUGGACAAGAUGAAGUGUUUGAGGAGAUUUCCAUGCUUGUCCAGUCAGCCCUGGAUGGCUAUCCAGUGUGCAUCUUUGCUUAUGGCCAGACAGGCAGUGGCAAGACCUUCACCAUGGAGGGUGGGCCUGGGGGAGACCCCCAGAUGGAGGGGCUGAUCCCUCGUGCCCUGCGACACCUCUUUUCUGUGGCCCAGGAGCUAAGUGGCCAGGGCUGGACCUACAGCUUUGUGGCAAGUUACGUAGAGAUCUACAAUGAGACUGUCCGAGACCUGCUGGCCACUGGGACCCGGAAGGGCCAGGGGGGUGAGUGUGAGAUUCGCCGGGCAGGGCCAGGCAGCGAGGAGCUCACUGUCACCAACGCGCGCUAUGUUCCGGUCUCCUGUGAGAGGGAGGUGGAGGCCCUGCUCCAUCUAGCCCGCCAGAACCGGGCUGUGGCCCGCACAGCCCAGAAUGAGCGCUCGUCGCGUAGUCACAGCGUGUUCCAGCUGCAGAUCUCUGGGGAGCACGCUAGCCGAGGCCUGCAGUGUGCGGCCCCCCUCAGCCUGGUGGACUUGGCCGGGAGUGAGCGGCUAGACCCCGGCUUAGCACUCGGCCCUGGGGAGCGGGAACGUCUUCGGGAAACACAGGCCAUUAACAGCAGCCUGUCCACGCUGGGGCUGGUCAUCAUGGCCUUGAGCAACAAGGAGUCCCAUGUGCCUUACCGGAACAGCAAGCUCACCUACCUGCUGCAGAACUCUCUGGGUGGCAGUGCCAAGAUGCUCAUGUUUGUGAACAUUUCUCCCCUAGAAGAGAACGUCUCCGAGUCCCUCAACUCCCUACGCUUCGCCUCCAAGGUGAACCAGUGUGUUAUUGGCACUGCCCAGGCCAACAAGAAAUGAAGAUGGAUCUAGAUUGUGUGUGUGUAUGUGUGAGACACACGGCGGGGUGGGAGUGGGUGGGUGUGCUUUAUUGGGAGUGGGCGCUGAUACCUGGGCCUAUCAAAUAAAGAAGAGAAUUUUUUGUUGUUUUUAAAUAAAGGUUUUAUUAGCGGUUGUCCAAUAA